AUGAUUGGGACCUUGGUCUCGUGCAUGCUCGACCUGGCCAGCUGGCUGUCCAGCUACGGCCAUGACCCUUGGGGCGUGACGCCGCUCACGGCUCAGCAGCGUCGGAGCUCCCUGAACUCCUCCGUGUGCGAGGCAAGGCAGCCCUCAGUCUCUGCGCCGCAUGGGAAUAUCUGGGCCGCGCUCACUGACAAGGAAGCUGCUGACGUUGUCGACCUCUUGCGCCGGGACUCGACCGGCCUCAACCUCACUGCAUAUGACUCUGCCGGAAGCUGGGAUAACAAAAUCCUUCUCGUGGAGCUCCUGCUCCCAAAUAAGAGCGAUGCGCUUCCGCUUCUCAACAACAAGACGACCAAGGCUCCUCGACGGUGCGCCCGCGCGACUCUGAUGUUCGGGGCCACGCCCAAUCCCUAUCUCCAGGACUAUGUAAUUGGCCCCCUUCCCGUCACUAACAUGACCGAGGUGCAGCCGCUUCGUUUCCUCUACAACAACGCCGGCAAAGGCAGAGUGGCUGUGGAUUUUGCUGAUGGCGGCGCCCUGGUGGAUUUUGCCAACGGCGUGGGCUUGUCUGUGGCCGACAUCACAAAGCUUCUGUGGAACGCUACCCUGGAGGAUACGCUCAGCCUGCUGCCGGGAUAUCCGCCCUUGAGGGACAAGGGCAGGUUGACUGUGUGGUACAACUUCGUAAACCAGCCCGCCUCGAUAUUUGACACGGAGACGAUUCUUCCCCUUGGAUGGCAUUACAACGGCAUAUUCUACCCAACCGCCGACGCGUUCCGGGCCGCCGCAACGUCUGCAAACUUCACCAAGCUCGGAGCCAACGUCGACGGCCCGUGGGCUCAGCUGGAUAAGCAAGGUGACCCGAUGAAGUUUGACAACCAGCCGCCGCCCACGCCCGUUAUGCCGGGGCCCAAUCGCUUCUCCGUCGACAGCAAGGAAAGCUAUGUCGAGUGGAACGGAUUCUAUACGAAGUACGUUAUGUUGGCCCGUGCUGUCGAAAACGAGCAUCCCGUCGAGCUGGCUCCUAACUGUUCAUCCACCAUCCACCAGUUGGGCCUGCAGGAGGCCCUGGCUCACUACGCAGGAAAUGAACCGGCACAGUCCGGCACCAUUUACUUCGACAGCAAGCCCGGCGUUGGGCCAAGUGUGGUAUCUCUUGUCGAUGGCUAUGACUGCCCGACAUACUCGACGUAUCUGAAUGCCACCUACCAAGAGGGAGAAAGGUCCUACAGUCGGGCCAACGCCAUUUGUCUGUUCGAGUUUGACCAGGGAUACCCGAUGCAUCGCCACUCUGCUGCUCAUUACACCACUGUUACCAAGAACAUUGCCUUUACAGUAAGGUCCGUCUCGACCAUUGCGAACUACGACUACAUGUUCUCGUACAAUUUCUUCCUGGACGGCGGCAUCGAGGUCUCCGUACGGGCGUCUGGGUACAUCCUCGGGGGCUUUUCCGCCAACAACGAAGACUACGGGUGGAAGAUACACGACCAUCUGUCUGGCUCCAUCCACGACCAUGUGCUCACUUACAAGGCCGAUAUUGAUAUACUGGGCGAGAAGAACAGCCUCCAAAAGGUGGAGUUUGUGCGCGCUGUCGCCGAGUAA